AUGGCAAAAGUACCAGCAGUAAAGAGGCGCAAGCUUACACCUCCUCCAACAGAAGGGGAAGAUUCAUCGCCAUCGACUUUAGAGAAUGCGCCAAGUUCGAAUGCGUUUUUCAAGACGGCUUCAAAAUGGAAUUUAGAGCAAGAUUACGAAACGAGACCUCGGAAAGGCAAGAAGGAAAAGAAAGAAAGUACAAGGUUACCAAUCAAGACUAAGGAAGGAUUGAUUCAGCAGGUUGAAGCGCCAGUGGAGGUCAAUGAAGAAGAAAGUGAUUUGGAAUGGAUUGGCGCAGACGAUGUCGAGGAGGAUGAGGAACCCGAAGAGAAGGUUGAGGAAAAGCCUUCUGUGCCGAUCCGACAGCAGAUUAUGGAGGCCAAAGAAGAAUUAGCACGUAUAGCAUUGAUGUUGAAUGAGGAUCCGGAAGAAAAUGUGGGAGCAUUUAGAGCUAUAGCAGAAUUCGGGAAAUCGCAAAACCUUACGAUCAAGAAAUUAGCAUUGGCCACACAAUUAGCUGUUUACAAAGAUGUUAUUCCAGGAUACAGGAUAAGACCUUUAUCGGAAGAGAAUAUGGAAGAAAAAGUUUCGAAAGAAGUACGAAAAUUGAGAGCAUACGAACAGGCUCUUGUGGGUGGAUAUCAAGGAUAUGUGAAGGAGUUGGCUAGGCUUGUAACUUCUGGGAGACCCCAGAAUAAGAGUGAUGGUGGCGCGAGCCUGUCAACGGUUGCCAUAUCCUGUGCUUGCGCAUUAUUAGAAGCUGUACCCCAUUUCAAUUUUCGAUCGGAUCUAUUGAAGAUAUUGGUAGGAAAGCUUAGUACAAGACAGGUGGACAAUGAAUUCGUGAAGUGUCGAGAGACCAUCGAAACAUUGUUCAAGAAUGACGAUGAUGGGACCUCAUCCUUGGACGCGGUAAAUAUUUUGACGAGAAUGAUGAAAGGGAGAGGAUACAGAGUGGACGAAAGCGUAUUGAAUACCUUCUUACAUUUGAGGUUACUGUCGGAAUUUUCUGGAAAAGCCUCUACGAAUCAUGUCGAGCAUGAGGAAGACAGCUUUGGAGGCAAGAAACUUAAGGAGAAGAGAGUAUUUCGUACCAAGAAGGAGAGAAAAUUGAUGAAGGAGCGCAAAGCAGUUGAAAAAGAGAUGAUUCAAGCCGAUGCAACAGUCAGCCACGAAGAUCGAGAGAGAAUGCAAUCGGAAACCCUGAAAUUGGUGUUUGUGACAUAUUUCCGCAUUCUGAAAGUUCGCUCCCCAUCUCUUAUGGGCGCUGUACUUGAAGGUUUAGCAAGAUACGCUCAUCUCAUCAAUCAAGAUUUCUUCGGUGAUCUUCUGGAAGCGCUUAAGGACCUUAUUGGUCAUGCUGAGACAGGAGAUGAUGUCGAGGAAACCGAAGCAGAAGAUGAGGAUUCAGAAUCCUCCCGCAAUCUCACCCGUGAAUCUCUCCUUUGCAUCAUCACCGCCUUCGCUCUUCUCGAGGGUCAAGAUGCCCACAAAGCUCAAGCAUCGCUAAGCUUAGAUUUAAGCUUCUUCAUCACUCAUCUCUACCGCACUUUACACGCCCUCUCCCUCAACCCUGAUAUCGAACUUUGCUCCAAAUCCCUUCAUCUACCAGACCCCAAUGCACCCUCAACCUCCAACAACAAAGUUAACAUCCAAACCACCACCGUCCUCCUCCUCAAAUCCCUCUCAUCUGUCCUCUUACCUCCUCUGGCCGCACGCGCAGUCCCACCUCUCAGAAUUGCAGCUUUCACUAAACAACUUAUGACAUGUUCUCUUCAAUUACCUGAGAAAUCCGCUACGGCCAUGAUGGCUUUAUUAGGGAAAGUUGCGAAAAUUCAUGAGACCAAAGUCAAAAGCCUGUGGAAUACAGAGGAGAGGAAAGGUGAUGGAAUGUUUGAUGGAUGUAGUGCGGAAGUUGAAGGAAGUAACCCGAUGGCGAGUACGAUUUGGGAGGGAGAACUGCUGAGGUUGCAUUAUUGCCCUGCGGUUAGAGAAGGCGUGAAAGUGGUGGAGAAGAAUGUGAUUGGUUUGAGGUGA